AUGAGCGAUAGCAUCUCACAGGUCACAGAGACAGUAGCCAGCGUCAUGGCCAGCGCGACAGCGGGUUUUGUCGACAUCUUCGACAACCUUGGAAUCAUCAAGACCGAGUUUGACGACCGUGCAAACUCAGAGAUGUCCCCAGCCGACAUGUUCUUCUUGACAAUGUCGCUUUUCCUCGUGGGCGGGUGCGUGUCGAUUGUCGGUGGGUAUUAUCUCAACAGAGCGCUGCGUAGCAAGAGCGCCGCUGAGACUGUGAAGGCUGCCGAGAAGAAGGCUGCGACCGAAGUGAAGAAGGACAAUUGA